AUGCCGAACGUUAUCAACGUGAGCCACCACGAUCAUUCCUUCGAAACUUUGUGCUCAUGACUUGCAGGUCUCUCUGAAGGACAAGAACGGCGAUGCCGGCCAGCUCGAGGAGUACGACAUCACAGUCCACUAUCUGUAUGGCCCGAUAGCUAACAGAAACACCAGAGCAAAGAAGCAAGUGACAGAGCAAGGCGGCAAAGUCACUACUGAGUUUAAGCUGAUCAAGGGCUUCACGUAAGAUGAAACACCAUGAUCUGAACUUCGUGCGACGAAUCGACUGAUCAGAGGUAGUGCCGAAUUCCCUGACGACAAGGUACACAGCCUGUCGUCGAACGAACACAUCAACGUCGAAGCCGACGGCAAGGUUACCACGCAGUAG